UGCUGUGCGGAGGGCCGUGCUCUUGCGCGGAGGAGGCCUGGCGGGGCUGGGAGACCCCAACAGCGAAGAACUGGGAACUCGGGGACUCGGCCGGCGAUCCCCGGGCGGGGGUCAGAGGAGGAGGAAUGUGGGGCGGAAAUGGUCGCCCUGGGGCGAGACAAGGCUGAGACGUAUCGUGAAUGUCCCUCAUGGAGUCCUGGCAGGGCUCCAGCCAGAACUGAGCACUAGCAGGCAUGUAAAGCUGGUCAUGAUUCAACACUGCUGGAUUCAAUUCAAGCCCAGUAAUAGAAGAGCCUCCCUGAGCUCGGGGUCGCCAUACCUGCCAAUCAUCUUCCCAAGGGCUGAGACUCCAGAGUGUGUCCUCAAGGACUUCUUUCAGGACUCACAGAAACCUCCACCCUGGUGAUGGCACACAGGGACUGUUUUCUUGUUCUUAGUCUGAAUGACUGCCAAGAAGGAGGGCAACGGUAGAACAGUCAAAUCCCAGGCUCUCCCCAUAGCUUCUAAUCUCAGACCUUGUUAAACUCCUUUCUGAGCCCAAGGACAAAAGUCACUUGAACAAAUGAGUUUGAGUCAUGAAUGAAAACUCUCACUCUUUCCAUGAGAAAGAAUUAAGAGAUGGACAGGUUGAAAGUGUGUCUGCUGGGUCCUCUCCACCAUGUGACAAGGACAGCAGUACUCUUCUGGCUUUCAGAGGAAUUUCUAUCUCAGAGUUGAAGAACCACAGCGUCCUCCAGGCCCUGACAGCAGAGGCGAACGGCUGGGAGCCCCGUGUUGUGAGUACAGAAGUCCUCCAAGCCCAAGAAGAAUGGGAAGCUGUGGAGAGCAUCCACCCAGAGACAGGGAGCCGGGCCAGCAUGGACCAGCCUGGGCAGCUCAUCUCCUUCAGUGAGGCCCUGCAGCAUUUCCAGACAGUGGACCUCUCCUCCUUCAAGAAAAGAAUCCAGCCCACCAUCCGAAGGACCGGGCUCGCUGCCCUCCGGCACUACCUCUUCGGGCCUCCGAAGCUCCACCAGGGCCUCCGUGAAGAAAGGGACUUGGUCUUGACCAUUGCUCAGUGUGGCCUGGAUAGCCAAGACCCCAUGCACGGCCGAGUCCUGCAGACCAUCUAUAAGAAGCUGACUGGCUCCAAGUUUGACUGUGCCCUCCACGGAGACCACUGGGAAGACCUGGGCUUUCAGGGAACAAAUCCAGCCACAGACCUCAGAGGAGCAGGCUUCCUUGCCCUCCUGCAUCUCCUGUACCUGGUGAUGGACUCAAAGACUUUGCUAAUGGCCCGGGAGAUUCUCCGCCUGUCUCGUCAUCAUAUCCAGCAAUUCCCCUUCUGUUUGAUGUCUGUGAAUAUCACGCGUAUCGCCAUCCAGGCCUUAAGAGAGGAGUGUCUCUCCAGGGAGUGUAACCGGCAGCAGAAAGUGAUCCCCGUGGUGAAUAGCUUCUAUGCCGCCACCUUCCUCCGCCUGGCGCACGUCUGGAGGACACAGCACAAGACCAUCUCAGACUCAGGCUUUGUCCUCAAGGAUUUGGAGAUGUCAGCCAAGAAGAGCCCCAGACGGCUGCUCAAAACCCUGGAGACCUACUUGGCUGGAGUGUCAAAGGGACAGGCCUCCCUGUUGGGGACACAGAAGUGCUCUGGGCCACAAGCCCCUCACUCCAAGGAUCUCACUUUCACAGGCGUGUGUGACCUGCCAUCACACUCGUCAGAAGGCACAUUGCUGAUCUGACCAACCCCAGUGGCCACCAGCCAGGAAGCCUUGGAGGGGCCUUCAGAGGGCCGGACCCUGGCUGGGCCUCACCGGAAGGGAUGUAGGAAGCCCCUGGGGCUGGUGGGUGGAGCCAAGGGCCCUCACCUGCUUGAGACAUCAAGGGCCAUUGGAUUAGACUCACUCUCUGGAGCCCUGCUUUCAGGGCGAGAACUGUGCUAUAUUACUAGUUGGGCAACAGCUUCCGUAGUCGGAUUCCAGGUAAUAUCAGUGACAGUGAAUGGAUCAUCAGGUGGGAGAACGCAUAUGCAUGUUCCACACAGUCCUCCAUCAAAGAUGCUCCCAAGUAGAAGCGCCAAAACCUGGCAGUGGGUCUUUCAGGCCCUGGGGUCCACAGGACAGGGACCAGACCGGGACUAAGUAGUUAGAAUGUGAAGGGAGAGGGUAGUCGCGGCAGCAGCCGACGGGGCGGUGUGAGCCAGAGAGUGCUUGCCUUUUCUGGUCUGGCGCUCACCCCACCCUCAUCUCUCCCCAUUCCUCCUCCCACUGUUUGUGAUAGGGAACCAGACCCGCAGCUGGGCUCCCCCCAUGGAGGCUGCACAUGUCCCAUCAGGGCUGGUUUUCUGGCCUGGUUGAAGGAAGGAGGAAAUUCACACACCAGCAGUUUUUGAAUAAAAUAAUUCUACGUUUAGGA